AUGUGGGCAAGAUUACUGUCUCAAUUAUAUAAACCAUGCUUUUUGAAUUCAUGGGGAGCUGCAACAUUGGGUAAUCGAUCUCUUGUUGCAACAAGCAAUCAACUUAUGGCCACCAUGCAAACAACAUUUCUAUCCCAGUCAGUCGUAAAAUCGUGUAUCGUUCCAUGUACAGCAGCAAGAACUGCUAAUCCAUCUUUUCUACCUACAGCAAAUCAAUCUGCAAUCAUCAUGCAAACAAGAUUACUAUUCCCGUCUUCCAUACGAGCACAAUCGUUGAUCGUUCCACCUCCAUUAGGUUCACUUCUACUUCGGAGAACGAUGAUGAUGAUACAUAGUCCAAAAGGGAGCCAACAGUGGUUCACUUUCAAUUCUGAUCGAUACGGUCAUGGCGGGUUGAAACAGCCACUAAUCUUCAACAGUUCAAUAUUAAAUCGCUUCAAAUCAAACGUUUCCUUCAGUACGAUGGCCAAACCAGAUAAGAAAGUCAAUAUGUCACAAUCUUCUAGCCAUAGCCAACAUACUACAAUCGUCCUUAGUCGACAUGAUAUCGAAAAUUUCAUACGAUCUCAUGGAAAUGCGGCAUUUAAAUUAACCAUUGGCAUUACCAUGUUUUUGUUUCUAACAGUCUACAUCUUUCGCGAAUAUAUACGUGAAAAUAUGGCUGAUGAAGUGGCCGAUGUGGCCAGUCGAUCGUUAAGCGACGUUCAGGUAGUCAAUCAGGCCAAUAUCAUCUCCAAAACAUUGAUACAAGAUAUCUUGAAUGAUGAGCAAACACAAAAUGCCGCUAUUAAAUUUAUUACUCAGUUAGCAGAGCAACAAGAGACAAAAAUAGCUCUACAAAGAUUAUUAAUCUAUGUCAUCAACGAUCCUCACACAUUACAACAACUGACAAUAUUGUCAAAGAAAGUGCUGGAUCAGUUAAUGCAAGAUGAAGUUACAAAAAACAAACUAUUAAGUUAUAUGGAAAUGCUGAUGAAAGAUGCUAAUACACAAGCAACACUACAACGUGUUUUGAACAAUGUCAUUGGAAGUCAACAAACUAAGGAUUUUGUUGCCCUUGGACUAAGGGAUGUCAUUGCAUCUGAUGUGGUAUCGCAUCAAUCCAUUGAAUUAGGCAAGCAUGUAUGUCAAGAAGUAGUAGCCGAUAAAAAGGUGCAAUCGCAAUUAUCCAAUAGUGUUUGGUCGGUCUUGAAACGAUCAUUAUCGCUGUGGUGA